UAAAAGAAAAUAUUGUGAUCUCUCAAUUUUAUCCUUCCUCAAUCCACACUCUUAAUCACCAGCCGUAAAAAAUGGACACACUUCUCUCAAGUUCAUCGUCUAUGGUGGUCCGGUCACCCCUCCCUCCGGUUCGCACAAUCGCUUCCCCAUCCAAGGUCUAUUCCGCCGCCGCAAGAUUCUCUUCCACUCCUUCGGUCAACGGUUUCCGACGGAACCAUCUCCAGCUCCCACGGCCAUUCACUUCCUCAUCGGUUCCUAAAUUCUCGGUACGGUGCGGUGCUGGCGUUAGGGAAAUUAAAGAGAGCGAGUUUCAAAGUACGGUGUUGGAAUCCAACCGUCCGGUUCUCGUCGAGUUCGUCGCCACUUGGUGUGGACCUUGCCGAUUAAUCUCUCCCGCCAUGGAAUCCAUCGCUCAGGAAUACGGAGAUAAAUUAGAAGUUGUGAAAAUAGAUCAUGAUGCGAAUCCACAACUGAUUGAGGAAUACAAAGUUUACGGAUUGCCGACCUUGAUCUUGUUCAAAGAUGGGCAAGAAGUGGCAGAAAGUAGGAGAGAAGGUGCGAUUACAAAGGCCAAGCUUAAAGAGUAUGUUGAUUCUCUCUUGGAGACAAUUUCUGUUGCCUAGCAUUCUCUUUUCUGCCCUACUUGGGAUUGCGUAUUUAAUUUUUCUUGUAUAAUCUUUGAGCUAUAAAGUACCUGAAAUUAAUUUCUUGGAGUAUAAAUGAGUAAAUUGAAUGCUAUGUUGCUCCAUUUUUUUUUAAUCUUUUCCGAAAAUAGAAAUACUGAUAUUAGAUUCCGCGCUUGUAUUCUUUGUUUUUCUGUUCUUAAUAAAACUCUCAUGUAGUUGGCAACUUAUAUAUAUAGCUUCCAAGGUUAACAUGGUA